CUUUAACAAGUCCACUGGAGCUCAGUAUUUUCCAUCUCCUUGUCUAUUUCUCUGUGAACUCCGAAGCUCCGAAGAAAACAGAAGAGAGAAGAAAAUGGCGAAAGGAGAGCGAAGGGUUUUGUUGCUGUGCGGGGACUACAUGGAGGAUUACGAGGCCAUGGUUCCUUUCCAAGCCUUGCAGGCUUAUGGAGUCGCCGUCGACGCCGUCUGCCCCGGCAAGAAAGCCGGCGACAUCUGUCGCACCGCCGUUCACGACAGUUCUGGUCACCAGACUUAUUCUGAAUCAAGGGGUCACAAUUUCGUGCUUAAUGCAACUUUUGAUGACAUUGAAUUUAGCAAAUAUGAUGGGUUGGUCAUACCAGGAGGACGAGCUCCAGAAUACCUAGCAAUGGAUCCAAAAGUUCUACAGUUGGUGAUCAAAUUUUCUGACUCCAAAAAGCCAAUUGCUUCUAUUUGCCACGGACAACUGAUCUUGGCUGCUGCUGGCUUAGUUAAAGGUCAGAAGUGUACUGGAUUCCCUGCUGUGGGACCUGUACUUGUUGCUGCAGGUGCUCAUUGGGUUGAACCAGGGACACUUGCAUCUUGUGUUGUUGAUGGUAAUCUAAUCACUGCGCCCACAUAUGAAGAACAUCCUGAGUUCAUUAGACUUUUUGUCAAGGCACUAGGAGGGCACAUAAUUGGUUCAGAUAAAAGGAUUUUAUUUCUAUGCGGGGAUUACAUGGAGGAUUACGAGGUUACUGUUCCUUUCCAGGCUCUUCAAGCUCUAGGAUGUCACGUUGACGCAGUUUGCCCCAAAAAGAAGGCUGGUGACAGCUGCGUAACUGCUGUGCAUGAUUUUGAGGGUGAUCAAACUUACAGCGAGAAGCCAGGUCAUAAUUUCACCUUAACGGCUAAUUUUGAUGGUUUAGAUGUAUCGAGUUAUGAUGCUCUUGUCAUCCCUGGAGGUCGAGCUCCAGAGUAUUUGGCACUGGACAAGACGGUCCUUGCCAUUGCAAAGCACUUUAUGGAAGCCAAGAAGCCGGUUGCAUCCAUCUGUCAUGGACAACAGGUUUUAGCCGCUGCCGGGGUCCUGAAGGGGAAAAAGUGCACUGCCUAUCCAGCUGUGAAGCUUAAUGUUGUUUUAUCAGGAGCAAUAUGGUUGGAACCUGAUCCAAUCCAUCGUUGCUUCACUCAUGAAAAUUUGGUAACUGGAGCAGCUUGGCCAGGGCACCCUGAGUUUCUUCAGCAGUUGAUGGCAUUGCUUGGCAUUCAAGUUUCUUUUUAAUUUCUGUUUACCAUGUUUAUAUAUAUGAAUAAUAAAAGUGAGUUUGAGAUGAGUGUGCAUGAAUAAAUCAUACUCUCGAAUCUCUGACCCGGUUUUGUUUGCCAUGUUGUGCAAGUUUUCUUCUACGGUAUUGUUCUGCUACUUUCUGUUUGCACCUUUAUUGUAGGUGUUGACUCUUGGCUUUUUUUA